AUGACGGCCUCGUCGUCAACCACCCCGCCAUCGUCGGCGGCGCGCCGCGGCGUGCGCAUCGCCAUCGACCGCGGCGGCACCUUCACCGACUGCGUGGGCGAGCACAACGGCGAGGAAAUCAUCAUCAAGCUCCUCUCCGAGGACCCGGCCAACUACCGCGACGCGCCCCUCGAGGGCAUCCGCCGCAUCAUGAGCCAUUUCCUCGGCCGCGACAUCCCCCGCGGCGAGGCCCUCGACACCUCCCACAUCGACUCCAUCCGCAUGGGCACCACCGUCGCCACAAACGCCCUGCUCGAACGCAAGGGCGAGAAGAUCGCCAUGGUCGUCACCCGCGGCUUCCGCGACUGCCUCGCCAUCGGGAACCAGUCCCGCCCCAAGAUCUUUGACCUGGCUAUCCGGAAACCGGACGUGCUGUACGAGACUGUCGUGGAGAUUGACGAGCGUGUCACGUUGGAGGACUACGCUGAGGACCCGGAGCGGACCGUCACGCCCGCGCAGGGUCAGGUCGGCACCCAGGAGGCUGGUGGGAAGGACCUCGUGCGCGGCAUGUCUGGCGAGACGGUCCGCGUCCUCAAGCGCGCCGACGACGACGACAUCCGGCGCAGGCUCAAGGAGGUCUACGACCAGGGCAUCCGCAGCGUCGCCGUCUGCCUCAUGCACGGCUACACCUUCCCAGACCACGAGGCGCAGGUCGGCAGGAUAGCGAGGGAGGUCGGCUUCAAACACAUCUCGCUCAGCCACGAGCUCAUGCCCAUGGUGAAGCUCGUCCCGCGAGCCACGUCAGUAUGCGCUGAUGCUUACCUGACCCCGGCCAUCCGGAGGUACAUUGACGGCUUCCAAGAUGGCUUCGAGGGCGGCCUCGGCACGCACAGCGUCAAGACGGAGGCGGGUCCCAAGGGCGCCCGCUGCGAGUUCAUGCAGAGCGACGGCGGGCUCGUCGAUGUCGACAAGUUCACGGGCCUCAAGGCCAUCCUUUCGGGCCCCGCCGGCGGCGUCGUCGGCUACGCCAUCACCUCGUACGACGAGGAGACCAAGGUUCCCGUUAUUGGGUUCGACAUGGGCGGCACGAGCACCGACGUGUCGCGGUACGGCGACGGGCGCUACGAGCACGUCUUCGAGACGACGACUGCUGGCGUCACGAUCCAGUCCCCUCAGCUGGACAUCAACACCGUCGCAGCUGGCGGCGGCUCGCGCCUCUUCUUCCGCAACGGCCUCUUCGCCGUCGGCCCCGAGUCUGCCGGCGCGCACCCGGGCCCCGCCUGCUACCGGAAAGGCGGCCCCGCGACCGUCACCGACGCGAACUUGUACCUAGGCCGGCUGCUGCCCGAGUUCUUCCCCAAGAUCUUCGGCAAGAACGAGGACGAGGGCCUGGACGCCGAGGCCAGCAAAAAGGUGCUCCAGGAGCUCACGGACCAGGUCAACAAGGAGACAGGCAAGAACCUGAGCGUGGACGAGGUCGCGUACGGCUUCCUGACCGUCGCCAACGAGACCAUGACGCGGCCGAUCCGGUCCAUCACCGAGGCCAAGGGCCACGACUCCUCCAAGCACCGCCUCGCGACGUUUGGCGGCGCCGGCGGGCAGCACGCCGUGGCCAUCGCCGACUCGCUCGGCAUCCACCAGAUCCUCAUCCACCGCUACUCGUCGGUGCUGUCCGCCUACGGCAUGGCCCUGGCCGACGUCGUCGACGAGCGCCAGGAGCCCGACUCGUCCGUCUGGGAGGACGGCGGCGCCGUCGUCGGCCAGCUGCAGAGCAAGAUGGAGAAGCUCAAGGACGGCUCGCGCGCCGCCCUCAAGGACCAGGGCUUCAAGGACGACGAGAUUGUCUUCCAGGAGUACCUCAACAUGCGGUACCGCGGCACCGAGUCGGCCCUCAUGAUCGUCAAGCCCUCGCCCGAGGAGGCCGCGGAGCACUUUGGCGGCAAGGACUGGGAGUUUGGCAAGGCCUUUGUCAGGCACCACCGGUACGAGUUUGGCUUCACUCUGGACGAGAGGGACAUUAUUGUCGACGAUGUGCGCGUGAGGGGCAUCGGAAAGAGCUUCAGGCACAAGGAUAAGACGGUGGAUCAGCAGCUCAAGACGAUAAAACGACAGGCCGUGGCGGACGGCAAGACGCAUGGCACCAAAGAGGUCUACUUUGAAGGGGGACGGCACAAGACGCCCAUAUACAAGCUCGAGGACCUCGCGGUCGGAGACGUCCUGAACGGCCCUGCUAUGCUGGCCGAUGGGACCCAGACGAUUGUCGUGACACCCAAGGCCAAGGCCCUCAUCACCGAGACGCACGUCGUGCUGGACAUCGAGCACGAGACCAAGAGCGAACCGCAAAACGGGGUACGCGAGGUCGAUCCCAUCAUGCUGUCCAUCUUCGGCCACCGCUUCAUGGCCAUCGCCGAGCAAAUGGGCCGCGCCCUGCAAAAGACGAGCGUCAGUACAAACGUCAAGGAGCGCCUCGACUUCUCGUGCGCCAUCUUCGACGCAAAGGGCGACCUCGUCGCCAACGCCCCGCAUCUGCCGGUGCAUCUCGGCUCCAUGUCAACGUGCGUCAAGCGCCAGGCCGAGAUCUGGAAGGGCAAGCUCGAGAAAGGCGACGUCAUCAUCGCGAACCACCCCGCGUACGGCGGCACGCAUCUGCCGGAUGUGACGCUCGUCAUGCCUGCCUUUGACGACAAGGGCGACAAGAUCCUCUUCUAUGCCGCGUCGAGGGCGCACCACGCCGACAUUGGCGGCAUCACGGCCGGCAGCAUGCCGCCCCACUCGAGGGAGCUGUUCCAGGAGGGCGCGUCCAUCCGCAGCGAGAAGCUGGUCAGCGGCGGCAAGUUCAACGAGAAGCGUGUCGUCGAGCUAUUUUACGACGAGCCGGCCAAGUACCCCGGCUGCAGCGGCACGCGUUGUCUGGCGGACAACAUCAACGACCUCCGCGCCCAAGUCUCGGCCAACCAAAAGGGCAUUUCCCUCAUUGAGGGCCUCAUCGAGGAGUAUGGAGAGGAGACUGUCCAGUUCUACAUGGUCAACAUCCAGGACAACGCCGAGAAAUCUGUGCGCCGGCUUCUCAAAGACGUUCACAAGCGGUUCGAGGGCAGAGAUCUGUCGGCAAUAGACCACAUGGACGACGGCUCCCCUAUCCAGCUCAAGAUCCGUAUCGAUCCUGAAAACGGCAGCGCAGAGUUCGACUUUGAGGGCACUGGCCCGGAGGUGUAUGGCAACAUCAAUGCGCCGCAGGCCAUUACCUACAGCGCCAUCAUCUACUGCCUGCGAUGCCUCGUGUCCGAGGAUAUCCCGCUGAACCAGGGGUGCCUAAAGCCGAUCAACGUCAAGAUCCCACCCAAGUCGAUCUUGUCCCCGUCUCCGGGAGCCGCCGUGGUUGGCGGCAACGUCCUGACGAGCCAGCGCAUCACGGACGUCAUCUUCAAGGCGUUCCAGGCCUGCGCGGCUAGCCAAGGCUGCUGCAACAACCUGACGUUUGGCUUCGGUGGCAAUCAGUCAGGGUCAGAGGCGGUCAAGGGCUUCGGAUACUACGAAACGAUUGCCGGUGGCAGCGGAGCUGGCCCAGACUGGGAGGGGACGUCGGGCGUGCACGUCCACAUGACGAACACGCGCAUCACCGACUCGGAGAUCUUCGAGCGACGAUACCCGGUCCUGCUGCGCGAGUUUUCCAUCAGGGAGGGCUCCGGCGGCGCCGGUCAGCACCGGGGUGGCAACGGCGUCAUCCGCGACAUCGAGUUCCGCAUCCCGCUCCAGGUGUCCAUUCUCAGCGAACGCAGAGUUUAUCACCCGUACGGGCUCAACGGGGGCGAGGACGGCGCAUGCGGCCUGAAUCUCUGGGUCCGCAAUGUCGAAAAGUCCAACUGGGAUAGGUCCCUAGCACAGUUCCACGACAACGGCGGCAAGGAGGACGACGGAGACAAGGAGUAUGAGGAGCGGCAAAUCAACCUGGGAGCCAAGAAUAGCGCGGCGAUGAAGGCUGGAGACCGUAUCAUUGUAUGUACACCGGGCGGUGGAGGCUGGGGUCGGCGCGGCGAAGAGAGUGUGGCGAAGAGGCGGCUCGACCCUACAGAAGGCUGGCGUAAAGGAAGCGGAGCGGCGAGGGAAGAGGCGGCGCUGCAGGCAUAG